CAAGCCCCGCCCACCGGCCCAGUCUUUAUAUUCACUCAGCACACAGUCUUCCGUCUUCUUGUGUUCGUCUCUCCGGCCUCAGCAGCUCACACAAGUCUCACAUCAUCUCAUCAUCUCACCCGUCAGUGCAAUGGCUGCAAAAAGUGAGCGCACCUUUAUCGCCAUCAAACCUGAUGGUGUUCAGAGAGGUCUGAUCGGAGAGAUCAUCAAACGCUUUGAACAGAAGGGCUUCAGACUGGUGGCAAUGAAGUUUCAGCAGGCUUCUGAAGACUUGCUGAAACAGCAUUACAUUGAUCUUAAAGACCGGCCGUUUUAUGCUGGACUUGUCAAGUACAUGAACUCUGGGCCUGUUGUUGCAAUGGUGUGGGAGGGUCUGAAUGUUGUCAAGACUGGAAGAGUGAUGCUCGGAGAGACCAACCCUGCUGACUCAAAACCCGGCACCAUCAGAGGAGAUUUCUGUAUUGAAGUGGGCAGGAACAUCAUUCAUGGUAGUGACUCUGUGGACAGUGCCAAUAAAGAGAUCAGUCUGUGGUUCACUGCUGAAGAGCUGGUGUCUUACAAGAGCUGCGCACAACCCUGGAUCUAUGAAUGAACUCAACACACAGGUUGACUCGCUGCACUUACUGCUGGACAUGUUCUGCACAUACAUGUGUGUGAUCGCUCUUGUCUGAAGCACUUGUUUGAAUAAACGAUACGUGUCUGA